AUUCGUGUUAAAAACUGUAUUCUGUCAAAUUGUGUCCGGUUGGGUCGGCUUCGGCUGGAUAUUUCGACUUUUUUUGUAUCAUAAUCAUAUUACAAGAAAAAUGAAAUUCGAUGAAGAUGUGAUUGUGUUUUUGAUUCUACUAUUCUCAUGGGGAGAAUGUUUGUGGGAGCUUUAUUUGUCUCUGCGGCAGUUGAAAAUAUACAAAACUAAUAACACCAUACCAAAUGACUUGAGGGAAAUGCUAAAUGAAGAAUCUUUCAAGAAAGCUCGUCUUUACGGUAUAGACAAAUCUCGGUUUAAAAUAGUAAAAGAAUUAUACAGUAUAAUACUAACAUCUGUGGUUUUAUACAAAAGGUGGAUUUAUGUAGCAUGGCAGCAAUCUGAAGACAUUGCUGCUUAUUUCCACAUUACUCCUGAGAGAGAGAUUCUAGUCAGUUGUGUGUUUAUGAUAUUUGUUACUUUGUUCAAUUUUGUUGUCAACAUGCCAUUCACUAUUUAUGGUACCUUUGUAUUAGAACAAAAGCAUGGUUUCAACAAGCAGACUGCAGGCUUCUUUAUAAAAGAUCAGUUAAAAUCUUUGUUACUGAACUUUGUAAUCACCCUCCCCAUUAUAUCCAUUGCUAUCUAUAUUAUAAUGCUUGGAGGAAACAUGUUUGUGGUAUGGUUGUGGAUGUUCACCACUGUAGCGACAUUGUUGCUGCUGACAAUAUACCCAUCUGUAAUUGCUCCUCUAUUUGAUAAGUUUGUACCAUUACCUGACGGCUCAUUAAGGAAGGGUAUUGAAGGUUUAGCGUCAAGACUGCAUUUUCCUUUGUCUCAAAUUUACAUUGUUGAAGGAUCCAAGAGGUCAGCACAUAGCAAUGCUUACUUUAGCGGCCUGUUCGGUAACAAGAGGAUAGUCUUAUUUGAUACCUUAUUGGAAAAGUUUGAUGAAGAAAAGAAAAUUACUACAGGAUGCACGGAAACUGAAAUUCUAGGAGUUCUGGCUCAUGAGCUUGGUCACUGGAGUUGUAGCCAUAUUUACAAGUCUAUUGCCCUCACAGAAGUUAAUUUGCUUCUGUUAUUCACUGCUUUUGGAUUCCUUUUCAAGUAUUCAAUGUUGUAUACAUCUCUUGGUUUCCCGGCUGGCCAAGAACCAAUCAUUAUUGGUCUAAUUGUGGUCUUACAGAUGAUCCUUGCACCAUAUAAUUCCGUGUUAUCUUUCUUCGCCACAGCUCUCUCUAGGAAAUUUGAAUUUGAAGCUGAUAACUUUGCUGUUUCUCUAUCAUAUUCCAAUGAGUUAAGAUCAGCUCUCAUUAAGUUGGGCAAAGACAAUUUGGAUUAUCCAAUUUAUGACAAAUUGUAUUCAGCAUGGUAUCACUCACAUCCAACUUUGUUACAUAGAAUUGAAAACAUAAGAAACCAAAUUACAAAUGAAAAGAAGGAUUAAUAUUUUUUAAGUUGUAUUAAUUAGAAUGUACAAUUUUAUAAUGUCAAUACAUUUUUAACAGUACAAGUAAAAUAUACUUCUGUGUAAUUAUGAAUUGCAUUUUGUAGUAUAUUCUAGUCCAGUCUUAAUAUUUUUCUUAACAACAACUUUAAUGCAAAUUAGUUGGAUUUGGCAUUGUUUUAUAAAAUUGUGUAAACCAUACUAUAAUCAUAUUAUAUUCUCAAUAGAUUUCAGCACAAUCCUAUCAUAAGUCAAGUAGUGAUUACAUUUACAUUUUAUUCAGCUGUUACAUGUAUUUAGUGUAACUUGAAUGUGAACAUGUAUAAAUUGUUGGCAGCAGCAUUUAUUUAGUAAUUAAUAUAUCUCUCUACUACUACAUACCAAUAGCAAUUUAAUUAUACUUGAUGUCUUUGUAGGAUACCUACCUAUUAGUAGGUACAAUUGUAAUACCCGUUUGGGGCAGAUAGGUUAAAAAUGUGAAACUUUUUUAAUAUCCAUUUUAAAGCAAUAAACACCAGUAAUGUAUAA